AUGGAGGCAGAAGAUGUUUCAAGGGCUGAAGACAGAGCUGAGUGUCCAGGUUCCAAAAAUGAAGGCCAGCCUGAUGUUGCUCAGCCUGACUUCCCACAUGGAGGCCAGUCUCCUGGUCCCACUGCUCUCUGGGAGAUGCUAGAAAGGAAGUUUCUGGAAUAUCAGAAGUUGGCUCACGGAAGCCCGGCUGAACAUCAGCAGAGCCUGUUGAAUCUUCUCCCACUGUUCCUAAAGGCCUGGGAAAACUCUGUGGGGAUCAUCUCCUUUCCUAGUCUCCAAAGCCUAGCAGAAGAUAUUUCUAACCAGCUUGCCCAAGAAAUACAGAAGGCACUUGUGGGAAAGCCUGCAGAGCAAGCGAGGGAGGCAGCGGGGCAGUUGCUGCGGUGGAAAGGGGACGUGGAUCAGGAUGGCUACCUGCUCCUGAAGUCGGUGUAUGUGCUCACGGGGACAAACUCGGAGACGCUGGGCAGAGUCGCUGCAUCCGGGCUUCCAGCCCUGCUCCUGAAGUGCCUUUACCUCUUCUUUGUCUUUCCUCUGGAAAAGGAGGAGGUUUUAGAGAAUGAUGUUCAAGUUCAGAGGAUGUUUGUGCAGAUGUUGCUGAACAUUUGCAGUGAGUCUCAGGGGCUGGAGGGACUUCUGUCAGGAAAUGAGCUCCAAUCUCUAGUGAUUGCCACUACCUGUCUUUGGGAGCACAGCUGCUGCUUUUGGAAGGAGCCCACCUUCUGUGUGCUGAGGGCAAUCUCCAAGGCCCAGCACCUUGGCAUCAUUGAAUACCUUCAGGCCAUGGAUUGCAUCAAACUCUCCCUUCAGAAUCUCUCCAAGCUUGCAGACACGCUCCCUGCUCCCAAGGUGAGCGAGUCAGUGAGCCUCAUCUUGGGCUUUGUGAAGGACUCCUAUCCCGUCUCUUCGGCUCUGUUCCUAGAGUUUGAGAAUGGGGAGGGCUACCCUCUUCUCCUCAAAGUGCUACUUCGGUACGAUGCACUGGCACCGAGCGAAGUGGAUCCCCACCUGGAGGAGCUCCUCGAGCUGCUGGUGUGGCUGACGACCUGCGGGAGGUCAGAGCUGAAGGUGUUUGAUAGCAUCACCUACCCUCAGCUGGAAGGCUUCAAGUUCCAUCACGAGGCUUCUGGGGUGACCGUUAAGAAUCUUCAGGCCUUCCAAGUCCUACAGAAUGUUUUCCACAAAUCCAGCAACCCUGUCCUCUGCACCAAGGUCCUGUCAGCCAUCAGGACCAUGUGGGUCUGGAACGCCCGCAACUUCUUCCUGCUGGAGUGGACCCUGCAGCCCAUCUCGCAGUUCGUGGAGAUUGUGCCCCUGAAGCCGGCCCCGGUGCAAAAGCAAUUCUUCCAGCUGCUGGAGGCCCUGGUGUUCGAGCUGCAUUAUGUGCCCCAUGAAAUCCUGCGGAAGGUGCAGUGCUUGAUCAAGGAGAGCCCCGAGUCACCCUGCGCCCUCGUGGCCCUGCAGAGUGUCCUCAGGAUAGCCGGCAGGGACUUGCUUUUCACCGACAUCUUCCGGGACUCGGGUCUCCUGGGUCUGCUGCUGGCCCAGCUGCGGAAGCGGGCCAAGAUCCUGAGGAAGUCAGGAAACAAAGAGUCCACGCUUGGUGUUCAGGAUCCAGAGAGAGAACUGACCUGUGUGAUGCUGAGAACUGUAGUCACACUUCUGAGAGGCUCAGUUCGGAAUGCAGUUGUCCUGAAAGACCACGGCAUGGUGCCCUUCAUCAAGAUCUUCCUGGACGUUGAGUGGUACCGAGAGGCCUCACUCAGCAUCUUGGAGCAGCUCUCCGUCAUCAACGCUGAGGAGUACAUGAGCAUCAUUGUGGGCGCUUUGUGCUCAUCCACUCAAGGGGAGCUGGAGCUGAAACUGGAUCUUCUGCAGUCUCUACUCAGGAUCCUGGACACCCCCAAAGGCCGUGCUGCUUUCAGAGUGUCCAGUGGGUUCAAUGGACUCCUGUCCCUGCUCUCUGACCUGGAGGGGUCUCUCCAGGAGCCCCCGCUACAGGCGUGGGGGAUGGUGUCCCCCAGCCAGACCCUGGACCUGGUCCUGCACACCCUCUGUGCCUUGUCUGCAGCAUUGCACCUGGACCCUGUCAACAGUGACUUCUUCAAGAAGAACGGGCUUUUUGAGAAGCUGGCCGAGGACCUCUGUUUGCUGGGAUGUUUCGGGGCGCAGGAGGAAGAGGGAGCCCCUCUGCACUCGGAGGCAGACACAAAGGCCAGGCCAUUUGCUGACUUCCUGAGUGCGGCCUUUGCCUCUGCCAGCCCAUUCCCACCCAAGAUACAGAGCUGCCUCCAGAUCCUCAGCUUUCUGGACAGCAUGGCCGGUGGCACCCUCCACCUGCGCAGAGACCUGAAGGAGCCCCCGAGGGCUGGGCAAGACCCAGCUCCGCAUGCCCAGAAGGAAGACGCUGGCAGUGACCCCCAAGGCAACUUCAAGCUGUGGCCAGACCUGGAGGAGAGGAUGGAUGAAGGGGACGCUGUGAUCAUACACCCUGGGGUCCUGUGCAUCAUGGUGAGACUGCUGCCUCGGUUGUACCAUGAAGACCACCCCCAGCUUUCCCAGGAGAUCCAGUGCUCCGUGGCCAGUCAUAUCCAGUCCCUGGUGAAAUCGGAGAAGAACCGUCAGGUCAUGUGUGAGGCGGGGAUGCUUAGGACCCUCGUGGUCUCCUGCCGCAGGGCCCUGACCACCAGCACCAGCCCCUUGCACUCAGGCCUCAUCAGGAUUUUUGAAAAACUUGCCUCCCAAGCCAUCGAACCAGACGUGUUAAGACAGUUUCUAGGUCUUGGAGUUCCCCCACCUCCGUCAGCUGCAGCGAAAAUCCUCCAUUCAUCUUGUGUCCAUGGAGGGGACUCUGGAGGCUCAGGGUCCCAGGCUGCAGAAGCAGGGACUGCUGAGGGUCCUGGAGGAGCUGCCCCAGGAGCCGGCCCUUGCUCAGCAGUCACACAGGCCCUCAGAUCCUCGAGGACGUCUGAGGGCUCAACCACUGCCCUUCAGACUUCACUCAGCCUCAUCUCCAUGACCUCCCCGCGCAACCUGCAGCCUCAGAAGGCGGCUCUGGCUCCAUCGUUUGUGGAAUUUGACAUGUCCGUGGAAGGCUAUGGCUGUUUGUUUAUUCCGACUGUGUCUACAGUUAUGGGAACCAGCACAGAGUAUCUGGUCUCCGGAGGGAUUGGGACAGGUGCUGCCAGAUCAUUCCCUCCACUUGGUGGCCUGACCUUCUCCUGCUGGUUCCUGAUCAGCAGGCACAGCACAGUCACUGAGGGCCACCCUCUGCGCUUCCUAACUUUGGUGCGUCACCUGGCCAGGACUGAGCAACCCUUCAUCUGCUUCUCUGUCAGCCUGUGCCCGGACGACCUCUCCUUAGUUGUGUCUACAGAAGAGAAAGAAUUUCAGUCCCUGGACAUCAUGGAACCCGAGGAUGAUCCUGAGCCUUCUGCUGGACGCCAGCUUCGGGUCAGGUGUGGCCAGCUGCUGGCUUGUGGUCAGUGGCACCACCUGGCUGUGGUUGUCACCAAGGAAAUGAAAAGGAAUUGUACCGUUUCCACCUAUCUGGAUGGACAGAUCGUUGGCUCAGCCAAGAUGUUGUACAUCCAGGCCUUGCCAGGGCCUUUCCUUUCAAUGGAUCCAUCUUCAUUUGUGGAUGUUUAUGGAUAUAUCUCUACCCCUCGAGUUUGGAAACAAAAGUCAUCAUUAAUAUGGCGUCUUGGCCCUACAUACCUCUUUGAAGAAGCCAUCUCAGUGGAUACUCUGGAAGUUAUUAACAAACUUGGCCCAAGAUACUGUGGUAACUUCCAAGCUGUGCAUGCCCAAGGAGAGGACCUUGAUACAGAAGCGACGCCCCUGGUUGCAGAGGAAAGGGUUUCCUUUGGCCUUCACAUAGCCAGCUCCUCCAUCACCAGUGUUAUGGACAUCAGAAACACUUACAAUGAGGUGGACAGCCGCCUGAUUGCCAAGGAGAUGAACAUUUCAUCCCGUGACAAUGCCAUGCCUGUGUUCUUGCUAAGAAAUUGUGCUGGGCACCUGUCAGGUUCUCUUCGAACCGUUGGAGCUGUGGCUGUGGGCCAGUUAGGUGUAAGGGUGUUCCACUCCAUCCCAGCAGCCAGCAGUCUGGACUUCAUUGGUGGGCCCGCCAUCCUCCUGGGCCUCAUUUCCUUAGCGACGGAUGACCACACCAUGUAUGCGGCCGUGAAAGUCCUGCACUCUGUCCUGACCAGCAAUGUCAUGUGUGACCGUCUGAUGCAGCACAUCUCUGGGUACCAGAUAAUGGCUUUCCUCCUGAGGAAAAAGACCUCUCUCCUAAACCAGCGAAGUUUUCAGCUCAUCCUCUCCAUUGCUGGCACUGCAGAACUGGGCUUCGGCUCCUCUCUUGUCACCAAUGUUGGUGUCUUUCAACACAUCCUCUGCAAUUUUGAGCUCUGGAUGAAUUCUGCAGACAACCUGGAGCUCUCCCUCUUUUCCCAUUUUGUGGAAAUCCUUCGAUCACCAAGGGAAGGACCCCGGAAUGCUGAAGUUGCUCACCAGGCACAGCUUAUACCCAAGCUCGUCUUCCUCUUCAAUGAGCCGGGCCUCACCUUCUCCAAGAUCCCCACCAUCAUUGCCAUCCUAGGCUGUCAGCUGAGGGGCCACUUCAGCAUCCAGGACUUGCUCAGAAUUGGGCUGUUUGUUGUCUACACCCUCAAGCCUUCUUCGGUGAAUGAGAGGCAGAUCUGCGUGGAUGGAGGCCUGGACUCCUCAGUGUCUGCUGGAAGCCAAACAUCUGGAAAGACAAUCUGGCUCAGAAACCAGUUGCUGGAGAUGCUGUUCAGUGUAAUAUCUUCUUCCCAACUUCAUCUGUCCUCUGAGACAAAGGAAGAGAUGUUUUUGAACCUGGGGCCUGACUGGUUCCUGCUCCUUGUACAGGGCCACCUGCAUCCAAGCACCACGGUGCUGGGGUUGAAGCUUCUGCUGCACUUUUUGGCAAGCCCCUCCCUCCGCGGGCGAUUUAAAGAAGGCCUGUCUGGGGGGUCCUGGGUGGAGCGCAGCUUCGAGGGAGUGGACAUUGUGAUAGAUAACCUGAAGAGCCACCCUGCCAUGCCUGACCAGAGCCCCUGCCUGCUUCCUGGGUUCCGCGUCUUGAAAGACUUUCUGGGCCACCAUGUGCAUAUCCCAGAAGUCUAUCUCAUUGUGUCCACCUUCUUCCUGCAGACGCCACUUACAGAGCUGAUGGACGGGCCCAAAGACAGCCUGGAUGCCAUGCUUCAGUGGCUCUUGCAGAAGCACUACAGUGAAGAAGUCCUCCGGGUUGGGCUGUGCACUGAAGGUGCCCUGCUGCUUCUGGAAAUGCUGAAAGCCACCAUGAGCCAGCCCUCAGCAGGCUCUGGAGAUGAUGCCUGGGAACAGACCUUCCCUGCCAGCGUGCUGCACUUCCUUGGCCUUGUGCACAGCACCUACCCCCAGGACCCUUCCUGGCGGGCCCCGGAGUUCCUCCAGACGUUGGCUGCUGUCACCUUCCCUCUGGGAACCCACAAGGAGCCCAUGACUCAGCCUGCCCAGAACGCCAGCAACCCCGGGGUUGCGACUGAAGGCGACAGCAUUGCAGAGGGCCUACAGGCUCCUGCCAAGUCACAUCCCGCCCGGAAGCAGCUGAGGGAUUUCACGCAGCUGCUCUUGAGGGAGCUCUUGCUGGUGGCCUCCAAUCCCAAGCAGUGGCUGCCAUUGGAAGUGCUCCUGGAGGCUUCUCCAGACAAUGCCACCAGCCAACAGAAACGGGAUUUCCAAUCUGAGGUCCUGCUUUCCACCAUGGAAAUAUUUCACACGAUGAGUGGAGGCAACAUGCCCAUGCUCAGAGGCAGUAAAGAGCCUCAGCCGAAUGCAGAAGCUGCUUUGACUCCUUCACUCGCAAGCAUCUCCUACUUCACCCAGAAGCUGGUGGAGAAACUAUACAGUGGGAUGUUCUCAGCUGACCCCAGACACAUUCUUCUUUUCGUCAUAGACCACAUCAUGUUGGUCAUCGAGAAUGCCUCUUCUCCAAGGGAUGCUAUCAUCAGUGCUUUGUACAGCAGUUUAAAUAAAGUCAUUCUUUACUGCCUGUCCAAGCCCCAGCAAUCGCUCUCCGAAUGCCUUAGUCUUCUCAGCAUCUUGGGCUUCCUACAGGAACACUGGGACAUUAUCUUUGCCACCUAUAAUUCCAACACCAGCUUCCUCCUGUGUCUCAUGUAUUGUUUUUUGCUGCUCAAUGAGAGAAGUUAUCCAGAAGGAUUUGGACUGGAACCCAAGCCUAGAAUGACUCCUUAUCAUCAAGUCUUUCUUUCUCCAAAUGAAGAAGUAAGAGAAAAAGGAGAGGAAGACUUCCCAAGUUUGAAUGAUGUCCAGCACAACAUCCAAAAGACAGUGCGGACCCUGUGGCAGCAGCUCGUGGCACAGAGGCGGCAGGAGCUGGAGGACACCUUCAAGAUUGAUCUCUCUGUGAAACCUGGAGACAGAGAAGUGAAGAUUGAAGAGAUUACCCCACUCUGGGAGGAGAUGAUGCUCAAGGCCUGGCAGCAUUACUUAGCAUCUGAGAAGAAGUCGCUGGCCAGCCGCUCGAAUGUGGGACAUCCGAGCAAGGUCUCCUCGUGGAGUGGCAGCUUGUCUUCAGCCAUGAGGCUGAUGCCCGGGAGGCAGGCCAAGGACCCUGAGUGCAAGACAGAGGAUUUCGUGUCGUGUAUCGAGAACUACAGAAGAAGAGGACAGGAACUAUAUGCGUCUUUAUACAAAGAUCAUGUCCAGCCCAGGAGAUGUAACAGCAUCAAAGCUGACCCGGCCUGGGCCAAGAUUCAGGAGCAGCUUUUUGGGGAGCUGGGCUUGUGGGGCCAAACGACAGAAGCCACACUUUGCUCCAGGUGGGGACUGGACUGGAGAGAGGGACCAAGCUUCAUGAGAAGCGUCAUUCAGCAGCAUCUCCAGCUAAGCCUGAGUCCAGAAAGGCUCAAGGAAAAUCAAGACAGAAACAGCAACGUGUCUCAAACAAAUGUUGAAAGCCAAGAUGAGCUGACAUCAGAGGAAGCUGAGAUCAAGACAGAUGAGGUAGCAGUGGACUGCACUCAGCUUACCUUCUUCCCUGCCCUACAUGAAAGUCUGCACUCUGAAGAUUUCUUGGAACUGUGCCGGGAAAGACAAGUUAUUUUACAAGAGCUUCUCGAUCAUGAAAAGGUGACACAGAAGUACUCCCUGGUGAUCGUGCAGGGCCACCUGGUCUCCGAAGGGAUCCUGCUUUUUGGCCAUCAGCACUUCUACAUCUGUGAGAACUUCACGCUGUCCCCUGUGGGUGAUGUCUACUGUACCCGCCACUGCUUAUCCAACAUCAGCGAUCCAUUCAUUUUCAACAUGUGCAGCAAAGACAGGUCCUCCGACCACUACUCGUGCCAGAGACAUAGCUAUGGGGACCUCAGGGAGCUCCGGCAGGCACGCUUCCUCCUGCAGGACAUUGCCCUGGAGCUCUUUUUCCAAAAUGGAUAUUCCAAGUUUCUUGUCUUUCACAACAGCGAUCGGAGUAAGGUCUUCAAAAGCUUCUGCUCUUUCCAGCCCAGCUUGAAAGGGAAAGGCAUCACGGAGGAGCCUCUCAAUCUAAGGCGAUACCCCGGCUCCGACAGGACCAUGCUACAGAGGUGGCAGAAAAGGGACAUCAGCAAUUUUGAGUAUCUCAUGCACCUCAACACCAUGGCUGGAAGGACGUACAAUGACUAUAUGCAGUAUCCCGUGUUUCCCUGGGUCCUGGCCGACUACACCUCACAGACAUUGAACUUGACGAAUCCCAAGACUUUCCGCGAUCUCUCAAGGCCCAUGGGGGCUCAGACCAAGGAAAGGAAGCUGAAAUUUAUCCAGAGGUUUAAAGAAGUUGAGAAAACUGAAGGAGACAUGACCGUCCAGUGUCACUACUACACUCACUACUCCUCGGCCAUCAUUGUCGCCUCCUACCUGGUCCGGAUGCCACCCUAUACCCAGGCCUUCUGCUCUCUGCAGGGUGGAAGCUUUGAUGUGGCAGACAGAAUGUUCCACAGCGUACAGAACGCGUGGGAGUCGGCCUCCAGAGAGAACAUGAGUGACGUCAGGGAGCUGACUCCAGAGUUCUUCUACCUCCCCGAGUUCCUAGUCAACUGCAAUGCUGUGGAGUUCGGCUGCAUGCAGGAUGGGACAGCCCUGGGGGACGUGCAACUCCCUCCCUGGGCUGAUGGAGACCCUCGGAAAUUCAUCAGCCUGCACAGACAGGCUCUGGAAAGUGACUUUGUCAGUGCCAACCUCCACCACUGGAUAGACCUCAUUUUUGGGUACAAGCAGCAGGGGUCAGCCGCGGUAGAAGCUGUUAAUACCUUCCACCCCUACUUCUAUGGUGACAGAAUGGACCUCAGCAGCAUCAGUGACCCUUUGAUCAGGAGCACCAUCCUGGGGUUUGUCAGCAACUUUGGACAGGUACCCAAACAGCUCUUUACGAAACCCCACCCAGCCAGGACCGCUGCAGGGAAGGCUUCACCCGGAAAGGAUGCCGUCAUACCUGCGAGCCUCCCCAGCCACCCACAGCCCUUUUUCUACAAUCUGCAGUCACUGCGGCCCUCCCAGGUCACAGUCAAAGAUAUGUACCUUUUCUCUCUAGGCUCAGAAUCCCCCAAAGGAGCCAUUGGCCACAUCGUCCCUACCGAGAAGACCAUCCUGGCUGUGGAAAAGAACAAGAUGCUGCUGCCUCCGCUCUGGAACAGGACCUUCAGCUGGGGCUUUGAUGACUUCAGCUGCUGCCUGGGGAACUAUGGCUCUGACAAGAUCCUGACGACAUUCGAGAACCUGGCUGCCUGGGGCCGCUGCCUGUGUACCGUGUGCCCAGCCCCCACAACGAUCAUCACCUCUGGGGCCAGUGCGGUGGUCUGUGUAUGGGAGCUCAGCAUAGCCAGAGGCCGCCCGAAAGGCCUGCACCUCAAGCAGGCCUUAUAUGGACACACACAGGCUGUCACAUGCCUGGCAGCAUCAGUCACCUUCAGCCUCCUGGUGAGUGGCUCCCAAGACUGUACUUGCAUCCUGUGGGACCUAGACCAUCUCACCCACGUGGCCCGCCUGCCUGCCCACCGGGAGGGGAUCUCUGCUCUUGCCAUCAGUGACGUCUCGGGCACCAUUGUCUCCUGUGCGGGAGCCCACUUGUCUCUGUGGAAUGUCAACGGACAGCCACUGGCCAGCAUCACCACAGCCUGGGGCCCUGAAGGAGUCAUAACCUGCUGCUACAUGAUGGAAGGGCCAGCAUGGGACACAAACCAUGUCAUCAUCACUGGAAGUCAAGACGGCAUGGUUCGGAUUUGGAAGACUGAGGACAUGAAGACAUCUGUUCCCGGGCUGGUAGCACCAGAGGACCCCUCAGCUCAACCUCUGAGCCCAAGAGGUCACAGGUGGGAGAAGAAUCUUGCCCUCUGUCGAGAGCUGGAUGUCAGCCUUGCUUUGACAGGGAAGCCCAGCAAGACCAGCCCUGCGGUGACAGCCCUAGCCGUGUCCAGAAACCAGACCAAACUCCUGGUCGGCGAUGAGAAGGGGAGAAUAUUCUGCUGGUCUGCAGAAGGGUAG